AUGGCUCAACCGAAAAGCAUUGUCUGGCAGACGGGCACUCUCACUGUCCAGCUUGUCGUUGGAACCGACGAAAUCGUUCGUGUUGUGAGCAUUCUGCCACAUGAUGUGCCGGUAGAGGAACAAGAUCCCUCGUCUCCCAAGCAGGGUGCGGUUCCUCUGUUCGGGGUCCGACUGAAUGGCGAGGGAAAUCCGUCGCACAAGUCGGCCAAGGCGCUCAUUGGCAGCUACGUCUCAAGUAGACUGAAGUACCAAAGCCACCAGGAGCACAGUGACGCUCAGCUGAAGUCUCUCGAUGUCACUGCGUACGACGAGACAUCGCAGAUUUCCGUUACCGCACACAUGUCGGUGUAUCCGGGAAUCCCCGUGAUCAGAUCGACGGCGACUAUUCGCAAUGAGUCGCAGAAAGACAUUGUGGUCGACCAGCUGUCGUCGCUCAUUGUCGGUGCUCUAGGCGAAAAGCCGAUCGACUGUUGGCUGGACUACACCUUGUCCACGCCGACCAACACCUGGUUUAGAGAAGCCCAGUGGCGGGACGAGUCCCUUCCCAGUGUUGGGUUGGACGACAUUGGACUUUCCGAAUUGCCUGAUCGUCACGACGCGUCAAUGGCACAUCACGCCGUCUCAAACCGUGGAACAUUCUCAACAGGAACGUACCUGCCGAUGGGAUUGCUGAAGAAGAACGAUUCUAGUGAAACCUGGCUGUGGCAGAUUGAGAGCAACGGGUCAUGGCGCUGGGAACUAGGAGAUUUCCAAGAGAAUGUCUAUCUGGCUCUAGGCGGCCCGACGAAUAAGGAUCAUGGCUGGAAACACCGCCUGUCUCCUGGCCAGUCGUUCACCAGUGUACCGGUAGCGCUCUGCCACAUCUUGGCCCAUCCGGACAAUGCCUUUGCCGCCUUGACUGAGUACCGCCGACGCAUCCGGAGGCCGCACAAGGACAACGAAGAGCUCGGUCUGAUUUUCAACGACUAUAUGAAUUGCCUCAUGGGUGAUCCCACCGAAGAGAAGGUCAUGGCCCUCGUUGACCCUGCUGUGAAGGCGGGUGUGAAGUUCUUUGUCAUUGACUGCGGCUGGUAUGCGGAUGACAGUGGCUGGUGGGACGACGUCGGCUUAUGGGAACCGUCGACUAAACGAUUUCCCAAGGGCCUGAAAUCCCUGCUCGAUGAUAUCAGAGCCAAAGGACUCACGCCCGGACUGUGGGUUGAGCCGGAGGUGAUUGGCGUUCGGAGUGUGGUCGCCGAUAUGCUGCCUGCGGACGCUUUCUUCCAAGAGAACGGCCGACGAAUCGUCGAGAAAGGCCGGUAUCAGCUGGAUUAUAGGCAUCCCGAGGUCAUCAAACGCAUGGACAAAGUGAUCGACAACCUCGUCCUCAACUACGGGGUCGGAUAUUUCAAGUUCGACUACAACAUCGAGGUCGUCCAGGGCACGGACGCAAACUCGUUCAGUCCCGCCGAUGGACAGCUCGGACACAACCGGGCCUAUCUAGACUGGGUUGGCAAGUUGUACGACCGCUUCCCGGACCUGGUCAUUGAGAGCUGCUCCAGUGGAGCUCAACGAAUGGACUACGCCCUCCUGGCUGUCCACUCGCUGCAAUCGACCAGCGACCAGCAAGAUCCGGUGCGAUAUUCUGCCAUUGCAGCUGCCGUGCCGACAGCAGUCACGCCGGAACAGAGCGCCAGCUGGGCGUAUCCGCAGCCUGAAUGGGACGAUGAGAAGAACGCGAUGACGGUUGUCAACAGUCUCCUGGGCCGUGUUCACCUGAGUGGCAGAAUCGACCUCCUGAGCUCUCAGCAAUUGGAGCUUAUCGUAAGCGGUAUGGUAGUCUACAAGCAGCUCCGUUCUGACCUCAGUACCGGUCUGCCAUUCUGGCCGUUAGGUUUGCCAAAAUGGCAUGACGACUGGGUGGCACUGGGCAUUGCCGCAACCAGCGGAGUCCGCUAUCUUGCUGUGUGGCGCCGAUCUGGGUCAAACACGCUCUCCCUGCCUAUUCCUGCACUGAAAAGUCGGAAUGUUGAAGCCAAGCUGUUGUAUCCGGAGACGUUCGAGGCACACGCACAAUGGGAUUCAGCUAACGGUGCGUUGUCAGUUCGUGUUCCCUCUACUGCAUGCGCUCGUCUUUUCCGGCUCUCUGCCAAAUAG